AUGAAUCUGAACUUGAGAUAUAAUUCGAAACUAUAGAGAGUGAUGUAGAACUUUCGAGAUCAAGAAAAAACUUAAUAAAACAAGGCUAACCAAGAAUAAUAAAAAAAACAAAAAAUUUGGAACAUGGGAGGAUUAAGCAAAGAAAAUCAAGAUAAACUUAAAAAAUUAAUGGGAGCUAAAAAUGAAUCAGAUGAUGAUGAAUAGGAGAAGUAAAAGGAAGAAAUUGAAAAGAGAAAUAAAGAAUUAGAGUUACAAUACAAAAGGGCAAUGCAAAGAUAAAAAUAAAAAGGUAUUGGUUUGUGA